GUAUCGACGUGAAAUUGAACCUCCGAGGAGGUUACGCGUUAGUAAAUAUUAUUUAUGUCACUUGAGUGACCGUAAACAAUGAACUUUAAUUCUAACUUCAUUGAUUUCUUCUGUUUCCACUAAUCCUACCUUAACAUUCUUUAUGUGACUCCUGACAAUGAUAAGAAUACUGUCAGUUUCAAAGAAGUAUGUAAUUCAGGAAGCAACAAACCUAGCUUUUGGCUUAUUUUUCCAGGCAAUAAGAACAAAAUAUACGGGGAUACUUGUAAGAAUCAUCAACAUUCCAUAGCCGGUUUCUUUGGGACUUGCAUACAUAGGAACUACAGUGACAAAGACCG